AUGUGCAUGGAAACAAAAGGAAAAACCUCAACUAAUUCUGUAUCUAGAUUCCGAGUCGUAAAUCUUUUGAAAUCGGUCCCCAUCCAGCACUCGGGACACACCGUAAACACGAGCUACCACCUCACCGUCGACGGAACGCCUGCUCUACCCCUACGUGGGCAUGUGGUGGUGGAUGGGGAAACAGGAGCAGGCAAAUAUGCAACCGUGAUCCGACCAAUUUGUGAGGCCAAGUGCAUGCCAAUACGGGUGUCCCCACAUCUAGAGACGGCUAGCUGCAAGCAGAGAGGUAACGAGGUGAAGUUAGUUUCACGUCACACGUAUCCUUCUUCACCUGAGGAUUAA